AUAUAGAGGGUAAAAUGAUGUGAUGUUCCGUAAUGCUUUAUAAAAAUGCAAUAGAAUGCAAGGCACGUGUUAGUAGAAGUUGUCUAUUAUAUUGUAAUUAAAAAAUGGACACAGAAAAAAGAGUUCACACUUUGCAAGAAUUGGAAAAAUAUUCCUACCGUGUCUUGCAGCAAAUAUCUAAGUCUAUGUCUUUACCUUCUAAUUACAAGAAGGUAUACCUGAUUCAGUUGAUACAUGCCAAGCAAUUUGGUACAAUGGAUGAAGUGCAUGGUAUAGUACAGAAGGUGAGGCUGGAGCGUCAGCAGCUGGCACAGGUCAAGAAAAAGAGUCGUCGUAGGAAAACAUAUGUUCAGGAGAUGGAAAUAUCAUCAACCAGCAACAGCCACUCACCACCUAUAACAAUCACACCCAAACGCACAAGCCAAAUUGUGCUGAGCAACAGCCCAGUGCAACAACCCUUCAUGAACUACCCUCAGCACAGGGUACUACAACCGAGAAUAGUCCGAAGAACAUAUCCCUCGAUAAAGAAGUCUGGUAGUGAUAGAAUUCUACGUAGCUUCAACAUCAAAACCAUAAAGAAAACUAAUUACGAGACGUUGAAUGUAAAUAAUACGUUAUUCAACGCUGUUAACACUCAUACGUCCAGUUCAGAUAAGAUGCCGUUUCAAAUGAAUCCCGAAGCGAUUCACAACCCAAAAUGGAAUAUUACAACCAAUCGUAUUGUGGAACAGCCAAAUCAAAGUAUAUUGAAGACUAGUAACUAUGAAAUGAAAAGUAAUAAUAAGCCUUCUUAUCAUAUACCAAAUAAUUCUACAAAUACAGCGCCAGUAAUGCCUCCCAAACGACAGAGAGUAUUAAGCGGCAUAUAUCCCAUCACAUCCAAAGAUAUCACCCCAAAAACAAACUCCUAUAUACACAGUAUCGGCAUUCGACACCGAGAUGGAAAGAUUUCCAAAAUAAACGCAUUAGUGCAAAAAUCUAGAACACCAACACAAAAACCAACUGAAAACAUACAAAAUUCUUGUAAUAACUUAGAAGUUACUAUGCAGGACAUAAUUGAUUGUAAUAUCGACGCUCAAACCAAUAUGAACUCUAUGUAUUCUGUCACAGAUGCCAAUAUACCUGCUAAUAAUUAUCUAUACCCAAACAUGUCAAGUCUUAAUGAUGCGUUUGGGAAACAUAUGUGUUACAAUGAAGGUAAUGAAGCGUGUAAUGACAUGUGUGACACUGGGAAUUUAUACACUAUGUACUCCCAUAAAAAAGUAAGAAAUGAUCAAAUGAGAUCACAGAAGAAUUACCAAAGAGAACCUGAAGUUACCCAAGUGGAGAAGCUACCGAGAAUUAAUGAAGUUUUUAGCAAAUUUAAUGACAUUCAUAAUGAUGUGCGUAGACCGAUUUAUGUUCAAGUGAGUGAAGAAGCUGAGAGAAUAAGAAGCUAUCCAAUAUAUGUAGCGGGCACGAUUCCUAACAGCACAAGUUUACUGGAGCCGUUAUACAACUUUAGAAAUCAAUUUGUGGUACAUCAGCCACUAUUACAAGUGGCUACCACGUCUAACACAAUGUGUACAUACAGCACACCUCUCAUAGCCUCAGCGUUCGCACAGCAAUCAACGCUUGUCACCACUGAACUUUUGACUGCCUCUUCGUGCGAGCAGGAUAGCGUUAUUAACGUUGAUAUGGAUGCAAUGCCCCGUAUAUCUGAUCUGCUCCGUUAUACAGAACAGGAGUACAACGAGCGUUCGAGCUGUGAUAAAGACGACGAAUUGAGCACCACGAAUAAUUCCCUGGUCAAAUCUGAUAGCCAAGAAAUUGGAGCAUCUGUUACCAUUCCUGAGAUGGUCGAAGAUGCCCUCGAAAUCAUUAGCCAAGAUGGGGACUAUAUGGAGAGAAUAGGCAUGGAUGUAAGGAUGCAGUGCAUUCUGUGCUCUUGGGCUGGUCCCAAGUUUAAAUUGGAAUAUCACAUCAGAAAGGAACACGCGCGGAGCAUCCGCAGGGAGGAGCGCGGCGCGUGGAGGGCGCGCGUGCGGGCCGGCGCGCCGCGACUAGUGCAGCACCGCGCCGCGCUGUACGUGGUCGCCGCGCGCCGCCGCCGCGCCUGCCUCGUCGCCACGCUCGCAACUAUUUCAAGCGAAACAGAACUACCAAGAACCGGUUCUAUAACUAUACAUAACAAAAUUACCAAUGAACCGUACAGUUGGGAAGGGGAGAUCCGCCAAAUAACACCGGAGUCCUGCGAAAGUGAUAGCAACUGCUUGAUACUGGAACUAUCAAAAUUAGGGUUGUCACCUGAACAAGCCAACUUAGACCGUGUGGAGUCACCUUUAACGUCUAUUACGGAAAACCAACCGGAUUAUAAUGAUAUAGAAGUAACGAUGUAUGUUAAGAUAUUCGACUGAAUUUAAAAUUUAAC